CAAUUAAAAUUGAAAAUGAGCAACAAGUGCUGUCAAACCAUCAAUAUCACCACACCAGCCAUCUUGUUAUGUAUAAAAGGCAUACAAGACUGGGGUACUGCUCCCUUAUACUUUGCUCCAACAAGGUCGACGAUGGACAAAUUCUUCACUGUUGUGACUGGGAAUACUCUGGGGUCUCAUGAGAAAUUAAUGAACCGUCUCGCUGCCAAAAAACACUUAACUGUAGUGACAUCACUAGAGGAGAGUGAUGUCAUCCUGGCUUUCUGUUCCAUUGUCUCUCGUGCUGGGACUGAUAUUGAAGCAGCACUGAAGCAGAUUCCAGCUGGUAAACCUGUCAUCCUGGUAGUGCUGCAUCACACCUUCGAACCAGACUACACUGUACCUGACAGUAGCAGACUAGUGACUAGAGGUGAUGUAAUACUCACAGUGGACUGUCUCUUCUAUGAGAACCAGGGACUACUGGAGUGUCCUCGCAAUGAAGAAGCAAUUGAAAAGAUUCUAAAGAGUCUUGACAAAGGUCCUGAGAACAAAGAUCAGUCGGCCAGACUGGUAUGCCAAUACUUGAGGAAGAUUCUCUGGAUCGGCGGUGUUAUUGGUGUAGCCUGGGGCAUAUACACUUCUUAUAGAAGGAUUAAAGAAAAAUGCUUUCACUUUUUGCAAUAAAACGGUUCCAAUUUAUUCAUGAAUCUAAGGUAAUUACACAGCUGUAAGCGGAGUGCCAGUUGUAUUUCACAUCAGAUAUCAAUUUUCCAAUGUGAUAUCCUUGAAAAAGAAUAAAGGAAGAUAGAGGACCAGCGAA